AUGGAUGAGCUGAUUUUGGACCCCUCCUUGUACACUGUCAAAGCCAUUCUGACUCUGGACAAUGGUGGAGAUAGAUUUUUUGCUAAGUACUGUGACGACAGCUAUCCCGGUGUCAAGGAGCAAAAGGCCUUUGAGAAGAACACUUUCAACAAGACCUGUCAGACUGACACUGAAACUGCCCUCUUGGGAGGCCUGACAGUGGUAUGCAAAAGCAGUAUCGAUCUCUAUUUCUAUACGAUUGGCAGCUCAUACGAAAAUGAGAUGAUGCUCAUGGCUAUUCUGAACUGCCUCUUCUUCGACUCACUGAGCCAGAUGUUGAGGAAAAAUGUAGAAAAGCGAGCUCUGCUGGAGAACAUGGAGGGGUUCUUCUUGGUUGUGGAUGAAAUCGUAGAUUGGGGGGUGAUCCUAGAGAGCAAUCCCCAGCAAUGGGUACGGCGGGUGGCACUAAGGGGAGAUGUCCCCCUUACAGAGCAGACCAAGUCUCAGGUGCUGCAGUCAGCCAAAGAACAGAUCAAGUGGUCACUCCUUCGGUGA